AUGCCUCAAGCCCAGCCCGAGCUCAAAAAAUACCUCGACAAGCGCGUCGAAGUGCAGCUCAACGGCUCGCGCAAAGUCAUGGGAACUCUCCGCGGAUACGAUGUCUUCCUCAACAUWGUCCUCGACGAAGCAACGGAGAGCAAAGCCAAUAACGAAAAGGUGCGCCUGGGAAUGUGUGUGAUCCGCGGCAAUUCGGUCGUCAUGAUGGAGGCGCUGGAUCGCAUCAACGAGGAUCGCCGGGGACCACCGCGGGAUUGA